UUCAAUGAUCUUAGUUUGAAGGACACUUCUUACACCCCACAAACCAAAAAAAAAAAAAAAAAAAAAAACAAGAGGUUGUAAGGGUACUUUGGUACUUAAAGGUAUUUCCCAAUGGAACAAUAAGAGCAUUUUGCAGUAGUUAUUCUGUUUUUAUUUUUUAUCCUCUUCCUUUCUAGCCUCUUUAAUUUUCUGCUUCUCUUUUAAGGACCAAACCCUAGCAAAAUAACAGAGUAGAUUGGGUAGAUUUCCAAAUAAAAGGAGUUUUUAGAUAGAGAAAAGUGGGAAAUUCUGAAAGUGGGUUUUUGAGAAAAGGAAUAUUCUGACUUCCGAGAGAGAUUUAACACAGAAAACAGAAAAAAGGAUUUUUUUUUUUUUUUUUUGUCUAAUUCUGUGUUUUAUGGAAGAGAGAGAGGUUGAAAAUUAAAGAUUGGUUAUUUUCUGAGUCAAGACAAUCUAAAACAAUCAGUUUUCUGCGAGAUAGAGAAUCCCAAUUAGAAAAGCUCUGUUUUUGGGAUGCGAAUUCUCUUCGAUCCAAUUCGAUAUUGCAUUUCCUUGCUCUGUUCCGGUCUGUGAAAUUCCAAUUCAAAAGCUUAGAUCUUUUUUUUUCUCGAAUACCAUAUCAAUGAUUUCGAAUCCAAAUCUAAUCUGCUACGCCUGCAUUGCCAAGAACACCACAAUCCUUGCCCAGUUCAGCAAAGAAUCUGAUCUCGAAGACUUGGCUCAGCAAUGCAUCGAAAAAGCCCCUCCUUACCACUCCAUGUUCUCUCAAACGGUCAGAGAAAGAACUUAUACCUUCUUGCUCGAUGACCCAUUUGUCUAUUUCGCUAUUUUCUCUCAAGAUCUUGAUCAAUCUGAGGGUAUUUGGUUCUUAAACCGCUUGAAAUCAGGUUUUCAGGAGUCUCUCAAAGGUGGGUCGAUGAAGGGGUUUGACAAUUUUAGCUCCCUUUGUUUUCAAGCUGAAUUCGAUGUUGUUGUAAGAGAAGUAAUGGCGUUGAACUUGAAGUCGGACUUGGACUUGGUGGAUUCUCCGCCUGUUGUAUCAAAUGGCAGUCGAAAUCCCAGUUUGGAUUCGUCAAAAGGUAAGAAAUUGAUUUUGACACCAUUGCUUGGGAAACCGAUUAAAGGGUUGAAGAAGAAGAAGAGAUUGUCUGGUGAAAGCAAUGGGGAUUUUGGCAAAGAUUUAUCGAUGGAGAAUAAGUUGGAUGUUUGUGAAGAUAUGAGCAGAGAUUUCUCCAUGUCUACGCAAAAAAAUGUCACUUUGCAUAUAGGAGACAGGCAAAAGGCAAAGCAGGUUUGGAGAAAACAUGUUUGGGUAGUUUUGUUGCUGGAUUUGUUUGUCUGCGCCAUCUUGUUUGGUAUAUGGUUGUGGGUUUGCAGGGGGUUCAAGUGCAUUGAUAGUUGAAUUCAGGAUCUUAAAAGGUUGAAUUCAAAGCUGUGAUAUGUUCUUGAGGAAUUUAUAGUUGUAGAUGUUGCUUUGACUUAAAAAAUGCUUGACAAUUAUGCAAGGAGGCUUCUCGAAUUCGUUUGAUUUGAACCGGUACCUUCCUGCUUCUUUGACUGAACUCCUUGUGUAGAUCUUGAGACAAGUCACUUCCAUAGCUCUCAGUAUAAAGUUUUCUUUUUUCUUUUUUCUUUUUUCUUUUUUCUUUUUUUUUCAUCGGCCUCUUGUCAUGCAAUGCAUCAAACUGUGUAUAUGUUAAGGUUCUUACCUGUGCAGGCGAUGAUAUCUUUCUCUACUUUAUUGCAUCACUUACAAUAUUGUAAUUGCUUCAAUGGUUUGCCACCUGGCUGUAUGAUACUGCUUUGUUUUCCAUUGAUUUGGAUUAUGAUUUUGACUUCUCUUU